GCGGUGAUCCAGAACCCAUUCAGCAAUGGCGGAAGCCCCUCGACAGACUCGGUGGGGGGAGAGACGCGAUUUGCCUAUUUCCCAGCAUCAGCGGUGGGCGAGGCAACGACAGCGGUGGUCUCGGCCCAGGCGGACCCCUCUUUUAACCCUUUUACAGGGCAGUUUUACGUCAUGAUGACCCCACAGGACGUCUUGCAGACAGGAGCACAGCGAACAAUUGCCCCUCGGACACACCCGUACUCUCCGAAAGAAGACCCCGACCUCAGCAACAUGAAGAUCGAUGGGCCACGUACACCUCGGGAUGAGAGGAGGAGAGCACAACACAAUGAGGUGGAGCGACGGCGUCGAGACAAGAUCAACAAUUGGAUUGUGCAGCUGUCGAAGAUCAUCCCAGACUGUAACGCAGACAACACCAAAACCGGCCAGAGUAAAGGAGGAAUCCUAUCAAAGGCGUGUGACUAUAUCCGGGAACUUCGGCAGACUAACCAGCGGAUGCAGGAAAGCUUCAAGGACACUGAGAGGCUGCAGCUUGACAACGAAUUACUACGACAGCAGAUCGAGGAGCUGAAAAGUGAGAACGCCGUGCUGCGGGCUCAGUUACAACAACAUGGCGUCGAACUGGUGGGCGAGCUCUCGGGGCAGUGACCCCUCCCCGGGCACUCUGCGGACCUUUUGCUUUUAUUUCGUUUCUCUUGUUUUCUGUGGGGAGGUGGGGUUGGGGGGGUGGGGGGUUGGGGGCGGUCUUGGGUGGGGAGGACGGGGUGUGGGGGAGAAUUGGGGAUGGGCGGGAUCCAGCGAGUUUGUCACUGCUUCAGUUUUUUUUUUGUAGUUCAGGAGCGAGGGAGACGAUAAAAAUGGAGCGAGGAGCGGGAGGCGGAGGGGAGAGAGGGUUGAAAAGAUUUGUGUAAAUUUAGUAUCAUUCAUGCAGAUGUUUUUGAGGCAUAUUAUAUAACCAAUAAAAAGAAAGAACUGCCAAAA